AUGGUUAUAUUAAAGAGGAAUAACACAACAGAGAAAAUAAAUAAUUUUCUCUGUUUCAUAAAAGUAUCAAUUUUCUUUCUUUUAAUUUGGAUGUUAAAUUGUUUGAAUUGUGAAAAAUGUGGUGAUAAUUGCUAUAAUAAAUAUGGACUUCAAAAAGUAUUCGUCUCACGAACUCAUAGGUCAUUAGCAGUAUUGAAGAUUACAACAAAAAAACCCUAUUUAAAAGGCCGUCUUAUAGUAAAAGAAAAAAUUUAUUGUGGAUUUAAAGAAUAUGAAGAAAAUUACGAAAUGAAACAUUACAAAUUAAAGGAAAAUGCAGAAGAUGGAAAUAAAAACUGUGAUGAAAAAUAUGAAGCAACAAAUUAUACAUUUAAAGAAAAAUGCCCCUACGAAAUAGAUAUAUGUUCAGGUUCUCCUGGACCGGAUAUAUAUGAAUUAAGAAAAAGAUUCCCCAUUGUUGGACAAGAACCGUACGAAGAUGAAGUUGAUUACAUAGUAUAUAAUGAAACGUAUGAUCUAGAAAAUGGAGAAAAUAUACCUACGAAAAAGACCACAGAGUAUCUUAAUCUGCAACAAAAUGAAAAAGAUUCUGAACCUGCUCCAGUCCCUGCUAUAGAAAAGAAAUAUACACAAGUUCCUGGCCAAGAAAAAAAAGAUCAAGAGGAUAAUCCUCCUAAUGUACGAAAAGAGAAAAAGAAAAAUCGAAAAAACAAGAAAGAACAAAACUCUUCAAAAGAAAAUUAUCCUAAUAAAACAGAAGAUCAUGAUCAAAAUAUAUAUUAA